AUGCAGGCUGCACAGCAGUCCUGGGAGCUCGAGAAUGCGAUAAGUAUAUUCGACCCGCAACGAGAUGCUCUCUACGCAUAUAAUGCAGACACGGAAAAAACACUUAAUGCGGAGCGGCCUUGGGCCUCCGAUCCAUACUAUUUCAAGCACGUUCGAAUCUCUGCUACAGCAUUAUUGAAAAUGGUGAUGCACGCUCGUUCCGGUGGCUCGCUUGAGAUCAUGGGUCUCAUGCAAGGCUACAUCCUCCCGAAUACCUUUGUGGUGACCGAUGCUUUCCGGCUACCAGUCGAGGGCACCGAAACCCGAGUGAAUGCGCAGGACGAAGCAAACGAGUACAUGGUAUCAUAUCUACAAUCUUGUCGGGACUCAGGGCGAAUGGAGAACGCUGUCGGGUGGUAUCACAGUCAUCCUGGAUACGGAUGCUGGCUCUCUGGCAUUGAUGUCGCUACUCAGCAAACACAACAAAUGACCGGGCCCUUCGUCGCUGUCGUUAUCGACCCGGACCGUACAAUUUCAGCCGGUCGUGUUGAGAUUGGCGCCUUCCGCACAUUCCCCUCCAAUUUCACUCCGCCAAAGGAGGCUCAUGAGGAUGACGAAUAUCAGACUAUCCCGCUUGGCAAGGCUGAGGAUUUCGGUGCACAUGCCAACCAGUACUACUCUCUUGACGUCAGUCAUUUCAAAAGCACUCUUGAUGCCGAGCUAUUAUCCUUACUAUGGAACAAAUACUGGGUAGCGACUCUCAGCCAGAGUCCGCUUUUUACUUCUCGUGACUUUGGCAACAAACAAAUCGUGGAUCUCAGCCAAAAGGUGCGCAAGGCCACACGUAACUUAGAGAACCCUGGUCCUCGUGGCCCCGUUACCAGUGUCACUAAUGCCAAAGAUCAUCAACUUGAGAAGGUCGUCCGUGGCGGUCAGCGGAUUGUCUCAGAGGAAGUAAAAGGUCUUUUGGCAUCCGAAACCAAGAUGAAGUUAUUUCACGGUAUCGGAAACGAGCCCCCGGUGAAGGAGUGA